AAGACAAGAGAAGAAGCUACGCCGUUUUGGAAGAUGCAAAGAAACUUAUUUGCUACUACAUUUUUUUCGUUUUUCUCGUGAUGGCAGUUGCAGCCUUCAAAUCCUCUUCACGAAGAGGAAACCAAUCAUCAUCUUCUUCCACUUCAACUCCCACCACCGUCACCACCUCCGCCGCCGCAAACAACAACCGAGCUCCUCCAACUCGAAGGUCAAGAAGCGUAAGCGCGUUUUCGAGAACAUCCACUUUCGAUUUUUCCAAUGAGUUUCUUAACAAGAGGGAUAACCCUCUCUUUGACCAAAUUUCAAAACCUCCGGUUCUAGAGACUUCGCCUCCUCCUGUUAGGGGACGUUCUGUGGCGCGAAAUGGUGAACCGAAUCGGAAGGAUGCGGGUCGGAGUGUUUCUAGGGUGGAUACAGGUCGACGAUCGACCCGGUCUGCUUCGCAGUGUCCGGUUUCGCGACGGAGCUUCAACUAUUCCACUUCUGAGAGCGAAGCUGAUUGUAAAGCUAGGAAUGGUCUGAAGUUAGGUGGGAGUAACAGAAAAGAUGGUUUGUUUGGAAGACCUGAUAAAGAUGCGAUUGAUCAAGAGAAAGAUAUGCGCAGAUGGUCUAGUCAGCAUUCGACUAUUGAUGUCUCAGAUUGUUUUACUUCAAACUCAUUUGGUUCACAAACUCAAAAUUGUGAUGAUGCGGUUUCUACCGCAAGUUCUGGAUUCGGAUGUGAUGAGAAAACUAUCAAAGCAGUUUGUGAGCAGAAGUCAGUACAAAGGGAUCAGCCAGGAGGAAGUGAUAUAUAUGAAACAGUUCGUUCUGAAGUGAGGCGAGCUAUUUCUGAGAUUCAGAUUGACCUCGAAAGUGCUAUUCAAGUUAGCAAUGCUUCUGCCAUUACUGUUACCGACAUGGCUGAUAUUCAUCCUGACUUGCUGAGCCCUGGUACACUAGAAUUAGCAUUGGAGACUAGAAGAGAAUAUACCAAAAAGCUUGAAGAGGCCGAAGAGCGAGCUAGACGUCUUCGAGCAGAUCUGGCAGUUGAAGAACAUCGAGUGCGAGAACUAGAUAGAAUCUUGAGGGAAGUUCUUCCAUAUCCCAAGAACCCUAAUAUACCAAAGUCUCGUCCAUCAAGAAAAUCUAGCAUUGAAAGAAAAAGGAUGUCAAGACGUCUUGCAGAAGAUGCCAAGGCUUAUUUUGAUGAGUGUGUAUCACUAUCAACAUUCGAUAGUUCGGACUUUUCAUCUCAAGAGGAUCCUCCACUCAGUAUGGUUGGUCCAUCUACUCCAUCUCGUUUAACCGAGGAAUCCAGCACUCGAGAACAAUCACAUGAUAUCCAUUAUGACACAUUGCCGCCACCAGCCAGCAUUGAUUCUGAGGAAGCUAUCCAUGAACAAGUCAGCUCAACUGCUGAUAGCAAAGAAACUGAUUCUAAACUCUGCUUCUCCUUUGCACAGAAACCAUCUGAAGGCACUACAGUUCAACAAGAUAUCCAACAGUACAUAAAAAAGUUUGAAAAGAGUGUUUCAAAGUUGCCAACUAUGAGAUCAAGUUAUGGUGAGAUGCGUGACUAUAGUUUCCAAUCAUCAGCUGAGAGCUUGUUGAUUGAUAGGGUGAUGCUAAGAAGUAGAAUUGAAUCUGGUAGGUUUUUACUCUGUGGUGGUGGUAACUUUUGGUCAUCUUAAGCCUUUAUGUAGUUUAUACCUUUUCCCUUUUUGCAUUAUAUAUGUAUAUGUGCUUGCUUGGUACAUGAAAUGUGUUAUUCAAGAUGGGUGAAUUUAAUAAUAUUUAAAUUGAAUAAAUAUUAUUCCAAGUCAAUUUUGACUUCCACCAGUAUUACUUUGACUUACCAU